AUGUUUGAAGGCAGUGUUCCGACAUACGUGGAUUCAGAUAGUGACAAAAACUUUUGGGACUAUUUUAAUAUGGAAGUCUCCAACAGUGAGGUGAAUGUGACAGAUAUAGCUAACGUUGUUCCCGCUCCUGAACAAGGGUUUGUGAUAGGGGUGUAUAGUGCGUUACUCGCGACUGGAGCUCUAGGCAAUAUCGGUGUGUUUACGUCACUCAUGCGCUCGCGCAGAAGAAAGUCGAGAGUGAAUUUGCUGAUGACUCAUCUGGUGCUUGCGGAUAUGAUCGUCACCUUUAUUGUUAUACCUUUAGAGGUUCGUUCGUUUGUUAAUUCAUACCCUGUUAUUAUUAUUAUCUUAAAAAUAUUUUCAGGAUCAAAAAUAGAUGACAAUUAA